AAUAAAUGAAAGUCAUUCACUUAAAUCACAGAUGCAGUAUAAUGUCAGAAUAAUAAUGUAGAUUUAAGCCUAACAAUUACUGUAUUUAGGAGCUGUGUUCCCACCCCAGAAAAGCUUUAAAGCAAGAACGAGUAGUACUGGACCCAAAAUGACAAAAUCUUCUGGCUGAUACUAUUUGUCAUCUUGAACUGUGGUGAGGACCCUGGAUAAUUUUUCCAAAUGAUCAGGUCUUGACCCCUCAAGCAUCUGUGUUGUUAGGAUCUCAGGUGUAUUCUUCAUCUAAAAGCCAUUUCUAGGUUGCCUUCAAAAUAGAGGCAUUACCUCCUGGACUGCGCUCAGACCACAAACCUCACACUAUCGUUUGGCACUGCAAUGUGAUCCUUCAGGACCUUCUGAUAAAGAACUUGGCUGUUGACAAUGAUAAAGAAAAAAAAAAAUCCUUUUGCCAUGUUCAAAAUACUGGUUGGAGGUGGAAGUGGAAGCUUUCAAUUAAGUGAUAAGCUACUGUCAUCUUUGAGGGGGGCCACAGCUUCUAAAACCCGCCGCCAAGUUUGUACCCAGUAUAAAGCGAUGAAAUUCAGCAGAGAGAGCCAUGUAGUAAUUAUCCUCGAAGAGCUGGGGAUUUGUGCCCUGUUUCUGUGUCUGUCCUGCUAUGGCGGGUAGUGGAAGCGACGGGAAAGUUGGGGGCAAAGGGACCGGGGUUUGGUCUUAGCCCAGGCCAGGUCCAGGAGCACAGCCACCCAUGUUUUGGGUUUUCCUGAAAUGGAGAGUGUGCUGUGACGGGUUGGAUUUAAGUACGAACCACAUUGCGGACUAACAGAUGACACAUAAACAGGUAAGCACUUUAAGUCAAUUUUUAUGGAAAUCUUAUUUUACAUAAAUGUUAACCCAGGAAAUGGCCACGAUUCUGAGCCCGUACACUCCCUAACCCCAUUCAGCCUUUGGAAACUCCCACCAGCAGAGGCACCGCCCCCGCUUGGCCCCACCCCUGCCAAGGCCCCGCGCCCUUCCUAUUGGUUCUUUUCCCGGCUCCCGUCGGUUGCCGUGGAGACCAAGGCUAUGGCAACCAGGAGAAGCCAAACUUGGUCCUUCCUGUCCGACCGCGUAGGGGUCCCAGGCAAGCGGCCGGAAUCCGCGCGGCGUUCAUGGCGCUUUACGAGCUCUUCUCUCACCCGGUGGAGCGCGGCUACCGCGCGGGGCUCUGCUCCAAGGCCGCUCUAUUCCUGCUGCUGGCCGCCGCGCUCACGUACAUCCCGCCACUGCUGGUGGCCUUCCGGAGCCACGGGUUUUGGCUGAAGCGGAGCAGUUACGAGGAGCAGCCGACCGUGCGCUUCCAGCACCAGGUGCUGCUCGUGGCCUUACUGGGACCGGAGCGCGGCGGGUUCCUGGCCUGGAGCACGUUCCCCGCCUUCAACCGGCUGCAGGGGGAUCACCUGCGCGUCCCGCUGGUUUCGACUCGAGAAGAAGACAGGAACCAGGAUGGGAAAAUGGACAUGUUACAUUUUAAGCUGGAGCUUCCCCUGCAGUCCACGGAGCACGUUCUCGGUGUGCAGCUCAUCCUGACUUUCUCCUACCAAUUGCACAGGAUGUCCACGUUCGUGAUGCAGAGCAUGGCGUUUCUGCAGUCCUCCUUCGCUGUUCCAGGCUCGCAGCUGUAUGUGCACGGGGACCUGAGGCUGCAGCAGAAGCAGCCCCUAAGCUGCGGCGGCCUGGACGUGAGAUACAACGUGUCCGUAAUCAAUGGGACCAGCCCUUUUGCCUAUGACUACGAUCUCACCCACAUUGUUGCUGCUUAUCAGGAAAGGAAUGUAACCACCGUGUUCACUGGCCCCCACCCCAUCUGGCUGGUGGGAAGGGCUGCUGAAGCUCCAUUCGUGAUUAACGCUGUCAUCCAAUACCCGGUGGAAGUCAUUUCAUAUCUACCAGGAUUCUGGGAAAUGAUCAAGUUUGCCUGGGUCCAGUAUGUCAGUAUCCUGCUUAUCUUCCUCUGGGUGUUUGAAAGAAUCAAAAGAUUUGUGUUUCAAAAUCAAGUGGUGACCACAAUCCCUGUCGCAGGGAUGCCCCAGGGAGAAGUGUAUAAGGAGCACUUGUCAUAGGAAGACCAUUUCUGAGAACUCAGCAGGAUCCUGGCUACCUCAUUGUGGUCUUCUGAGAACUGCCAUCUUAAGAAGUUUUUGCAAAGAGCCUGUGGACACGUGCCGGUGUGUGUGCUUUUCCUGUCAAAGAAAAAGGACAGUCCUUUCUUAUUUUUCUCUACACAAAUCCAUAUCUUCUAAGCACCUGGCACAUAAGCACUACUCAUCAGGGACUAGUUUGUGGAAACAUCCAAGGGUUCCCGAAGGCUAUAAUUUGCUUUUUUUUUUUUUUUUUUUUUUUUUUGUUUGUUUUUGCCUUAGGCUUGAAUUUCAGGAGAAAACUACAAUCAGUUCAGACCUCUUGGAAAGAGUCCCAUCUCUGGUCAAGCAAAGACUUUUCCUCUUUUGAACCGAGAAGCUUGCUAUACAUUUCUUCCCACUAUUGUAAACCACUUAUUACUCUUUUCAGGGCUCUCUUGUGAGAGAGAUGCAAAUCAGCAGCACUUUCCACUCCUGAGCCUCUAAGUUUCCCAUUCAGAACUUCGGUUUUCAGCGCUGAGAGGCCAUGAAGGGGAGAACAGGAGCGAGAAGAAGGGAGCCCUUAGGAGCACAUGCGUGCACACGUGUGCGGGUGGGCGACCCCAGGACACGAGGACCGUCCACCUGCCGUCGGCCUAACAGACAGUCGUCUGUCAUCGGCUCAGCUGCAGGGCCCUUUAUCCCUGCCCUGCCGGGGCUGGCUUGUUGCCCUGCCUUUCGCCCUGUCUGUGCCCCCUGGAACAGCAGGCUUCAGCCAGAGUGCUGUUUAGUCCACAAAUCCCCGCAGCAACAGCAGGGGGGAAGUAAGGAUGAGAACCACAGUCGCCUUCUCUCUGGCCCUCCUCCAACAGCCUGGACACUUGCCACUUUGUCCUUGACAGCCCUGCCCCUUCUUGAAGAGGACGUGGGUGACAAAGGAGCUGUUGUUGGUAUUGGCUCCCACUGCCAACCGUCACAGAGCUCCUUUGGACCGCCGGCGGGAAGCCCGGCUACUCGAAUGUCCCCCUGAUGAAGGAACAGGGUGCUGAUCAGGGUGAGCGGCUUUGCGGGGGACACACGAGGUGCGAUGAGGGGAUCAAGGGAGUGUUCACCCAGGCAGCCCACUCUGGCCUGGCGGGUAGCAGAAUGUCAGGCAGGCCAGCAGGCUCAUCCUCUUGCUCUAGUGAGCGUCUGCAGGGUGGGGCCACUGAAAUGGGCCCCUGUUGCUCAUGGAAGACUGCUUCUCCGUUCUUGGCAUGUAGAGACAAGCUGCCCGCAAAGGACAAAUGGAUCUGCUUUAUGAUCCCAAGAUAUUGGCACUGGAGACAUGCCUGUUCUGACCCAUGCAUUAUGCCGACGCACGAACACUCUCCUCACCGUAUGCCUCAGUUUACCUUGGAGGUUCAGUUCUCGUUUCCAAAGCACCUUGUCUUUCAGGCUGACCAAAAUAAGAAAUCUUUUGAAGGAUUCAAGCACAAAAAUAGCUUACCACUGGUCCCUCUGCCUUUUCUUUUAACAUCUAGGGCUGUUGAUAAUACCUAAAGAUUUUCUCUUGAGAUAUAAAUGGAAAAAAAAAAAGAAAAACGGUUUCUGGUUUGAAUCACAAGAAGGUAAUGAGAUGUGAAAAGAUAGCUAAAGAUGUAAAUAAACACUGCGUUUUGUUAAAUUAUUUUAAUGCAGAAUUUGUAUAAAGAACCAUGAUGUUUUGUACCUUUCUAAUUAAAAUAUUCA